AUGGAUGAACACCCACCCUUUGCCUCUGUCCCCCUGCCUGCUGCCUGUCUCGUCCUCGGUUGUAUGAUUUUUCCUGAUGGCUGGGAUUCAGAUGAGGUAAAACGGAUGUGUGGUGAAAAGACAGACAAGUACACGCUGGGGGCUUGUUCAGUCCGCUGGGCAUAUAUCCUGGCGAUUAUUGGAAUCUUGGAUGCCCUGAUCCUCUCAUUUCUGGCAUUUGUGCUUGGCAACAGACAAGACAGCUUGCUAGCAGAGGAGCUCAAGUUGGAAAACAAAGGUAAACUGAAGAAAGCUUCUGCUAAGCAGCAACAGGACAAGUCUAAAUCCCCGUGCAGCCCCCCAGCAUUUCCCUACCUGCGUGCGUUGCCUCUGGCCACAGCCACAGCUCUGGAGGAGUCCCAGGAGAGCAGGGCAGGGGCAUGGAUGGACACCACCACCCCCAUCAGAGGUGGGGUACUGGUGCCAGCAAAGCACCAGCUCUCCGCUUAG